AUGAUUUGGAAGUUGUAUAGAGAUACAAUUGAUAAUAUUAUCUACACAAAUGUUUUAUUAAUGCUUGUUGUGUACACUCAAGUUCUUAAUAUAACAAAUAGGAUCCAGCCCAUUGGAAGUCAACCCUUUCUAGAGACACAUGCUGAUGACUGGACUGAGGAAAAGGUGGAUGCUAUAAUAAACACUGUGAUGACGAUAAUACUACAAAAGUUAUUCACAAUUAAUUAUGAAUUUAACAUAAAUAAACUUGAAUGCACAUUCACUGAGGUGCCGAAAAUGCUUAAGACUAUUCAGCCCAAUAUCAAAGUUAAUAGUGGACAAACCAUUGAUUCCUCUAAUGGUACUAAGAGAAAGUCUAAAGAGGCUUUAGAAAAGCAUCCAAGAUGGCUAAGAUGGUCAAAAAAUAGUCAUGUAUACUUGAAGAAAUUAAAUCAUGACACUCUUGAAGGGUUUAGGAUUCAAGCUAGAAGAGAGGACAAUGGAAGUAAAAUAAAACUUGAAGGAGUUCAAGAGUCCAUAGAUAUAGUUGACCAAGUAGAUGAAUCUAAGUUUGAUCUCACACUUGUUGAGGGACAUAUUCUUGAUCAGGAAGAGCUUCUAAGGACAUCAUGUGCAGCAUUUGAUGAGCAGCACUUGAGGAUAGAGAAUGCUCGCUUAAGAGAGGAGAUUGAUAGGAUUUCUGGAAUUGCUGCAAAGUAUGUUGGCAAACCUUUGCUUUCUUAUGCACAUCUUCCUCCUGGAUCAUCUCGUUCACUUGAUCUUGGACCGGGAAAUUAUGGGCUGCAGACCGGCAUGGACAAUGAGUUAUUUGGUGCGGCUGAUCUUCUUAGGUCGGUCUCCGGACCAGCUGAUGCCAACAAGCCCAUGGUCAUUGAGUUGGCUGUUGCAGCAAUGGAGGAAUUAAUCCGAAUGGCUCAAACUGGAGAGCCUUUGUGGAUGCCUAGCACGGACAAUUCUGCUGAGACUUUGAGUGAAGAGGAAUAUGUCCGCACUUUCCCUCGUCUUAUUGGGCCAAAGCCCUUGGGAUUGAAAUCUGAGGCAUCUCGAGAGUCAGCUAUUGUGAUAAUGAAUCACAUCAGCUUGAUUGAAAUUCUGAUGGAUGUGAAUCAAUGGACAAGCGUGUUCUCCAGCAUUGUCUCAAGAGCAAUGAUUGUUGAAGUUUUAUCAACUGGAGUGGCUGGCAACUAUAAUGGAGCUUUACAAGUGAUGACUGCUGAGUUCCAGGUCCCUUCUCCAUUGGUUCCAACUCGCGAAAACUAUUUUGCAAGAUAUUGCAAACAACAUGGUGAUGGAACUUGGGCUGUGGUGGAUGUUUCUUUGGACAACCUGAGAGCUACCUCUAUACCCAGGUGUAGACGAAGGCCAUCUGGUUGUUUGAUCCAAGAAUUGCCAAAUGGUUACUCAAAGGUUAUAUGGGUGGAACACAUUGAGGUAGACGAUAGAGCUGUUCAUACAAUCUACAAACCACUGGUCAAUUCUGGUCUCGCAUUUGGGGCAAGACGCUGGGUAGCGACUUUGGAUAGACAAUGUGAACGUCUUGCAAGUGUAAUGGCCAAUAACAUUUCAGGAGGAGAUGGUGGUGUGAUAUCAUGUCCAGAAGGUAGAAAGAGUAUGUUGAAGCUGGCAGAAAGAAUGGUAAUGAGCUUCUGCUCUGGGGUCGGUGCUUCAACUGCACACACAUGGACUACACUUUCAGGAAGUGGAGCUGAUGAUGUUAGGGUUAUGACCAGAAAAAGUGUGGAUGAUCCAGGCAGGCCUCCUGGUAUUGUGCUAAGUGCUGCUACAUCAUUUUGGCUCCCAGUUCCGCCAAAAAGAGUUUUUGAUUUUCUUCGUGAUGAGAAUUUGAGAAAUGAGUGGGAUAUUCUCUCUAACGAAGGCCUUGUUCAAGAAAUGGCACAUAUUGCAAAUGGCCGUGAUCCGGGCAAUUCUGUCUCAUUACUACGUGUCAAUAGUGCAAACUCAAGCCAAAGCAAUAUGCUAAUUUUACAAGAGAGUUGUACAGAUUCAACAGGCUCCUAUGUUAUAUAUGCUCCAGUUGAUAUUAUUGCCAUGAAUGUGGUCUUAAGUGGAGGCGAUCCAGACUAUGUUGCCCUCUUACCAUCUGGUUUUGCUAUACUUCCUGAUGGACCUAUAAAUCCAGCUGGAGGGAUUAAUCCCGAGGUUGGGUCUGGUGGAUCAUUACUGACUGUCGCCUUUCAGAUAUUGGUAGAUUCAGUUCCAACAGCAAAACUUUCUCUUGGUUCAGUGGCAACUGUUAAUAGCCUUAUCAAGUGCACCGUAGAAAGGAUCAAGGGUGCAUUGCUGUGCGAAGGUGCAUGACCAAAAGGUCUGCUUCCUGUUUAGACUUGAAACGAAGAGCAAAUGGGAAAGAAGAAUAUGUUUACCGUAGGAUGUGGGAGGAAGGAAAGAAGUCAAGAACGCACCUUGUAUAAUCCUUGCUGUGUAGUGUUAAUUAUCUUGGAUGAAGAAACAUACUGAGUUUCACCACUCAGCAAGAUUAAUAUAGGUUCGGGUAUUGACUUUGUCCAUAAUUAUAAAGUAAACAAAGUCCUCCUUGAAUUGUAUUAAACUAUUUUGUACCUUUGUUUUGCAUCAAGUUUAGGGUUUUUUUUCCCUUUUAUUAUCAA